ACUAUGUUGCAGUUAAAGGAGAGCGAUACGAGGCUAAACGUCCCAAGGAUUCAGAGAUUCUAAAAGGUGAUGGAAUGUUUGUAGACAGGACAUUGAACCAAAAAGAAUAUGUGAGGGUGAAAGCAGAACGCUACGACAUCAAGCGUCCUAAGGAUUCUGAGAUUUUCCAGGGCAGUGGACAAUUUGUAGGCAAAAAAGUGAAUCAGCAAGAGUAUAACAAAGUGAAUGGUGAAAAAUACGUCAUCAGGCGUGCCAAGGGUGGCGAAAUUCUGACAGGUGAUAGACCGUUCAUAGACAAGACAACAGUCAAACAAGAUUAUGUAAGGGUGAAAGGAGAACGCUUUGACCAUAAACGUCCUAAGGAUUCCAACAUUAUCAAA